AUGUCAGCUAAUAUACAAGAAGCUGCUGAUGCAGCCAUUGAGCCUGUAAGCUUUGUUAAAGUCCCUGCGCUUGAGCCUCCAACUAGUUUGCAACAAAUGAUUCAUGAUUGGCAACUGAUCAAGCACAGAGAAGGUGGGUACUUCAAAGAGACAGACAGGUCUCCCUUGACCAUGGACUUAGAAAAGCCACAAGACGGAGACUCUACCGAUAGUGUUACAGUGACAAGGAACCAGUCUACGCUGAUUUAUUACUUGCUGACUCCCGACAGCCCAAUUGGGAAAUUUCACAAGAAUAUUAAUAGAAUUACGCAUAUUUUGCAAAGAGGUAAAGGUCAAUACGUACUAGUGUACCCUGAUGGCCAAGUAAAAUCAUUUAGGGUUGGAUUUGACUAUAAGAAGGGAGAAGUCUCCCAAUGGGUUGUCCCCGGAGGUGUUUUUAAAGCAAGUUUCCUUGUACCAAACGAAGAAUUCGACAACGGGUUGUUGAUUAGUGAAGUAGUGGUACCUGGGUUUGAUUUCGAAGAUCACACCUUUAUGAAAGGUGAAGAUGAGUUGAAGAGCCUUGUUGGUCCUGAAAGGGCAGCCGAGUUGGCAUUCUUAGUUUAG